AUGCUGAUGGAUGAGGCAGCACAACCAGGUGUCAACGCAGCAACGGCGGUCGGAAGCGCUACGAAGAAGCUCCCAUUGGCAACACCGUUGACGAUAGCGAAGAUGAGCAGAGGUGCGAGUGACGAGCUAACCGGCCAGAUCACCAGCAUCGUGAGGCUGUUGACGAAAGCCGAUACAGCGAGUGUAUUGAAAGCGCCAAUCCGAUCGCACGUCCACCCGCUCGCAAGCCGCCCUGCAGCCGUAGCGCCUCAGAAGCCAGCCACCAAUGCUGCGCCUGUCGAGCCCGAUGGUCCGAUGGAAUUGGCGAAGAGCGGAAGGAAGAACGGCGGCACGAACAGAGCGAACACCCCAAUUACGCCUGCCAUUGCCAAAGCUAGGAAUGGGGCAUUCUUCAAGAGAGACCAGUCAAAGCGCGACGUCUGUCCCGGAAUCGUGUGCUAUUCCAACAGCAACGCAGUAGGUAGCCCGGUGGCGAUGAUGAGCAGACCAAAGACUCGGAACGUCCAAGGUAUGCCGAAUUUAUCGACCAUAGCUUGCGCCGCCAAUGGCAGGACAGUCGCUCCGAGGCCGCCACCUUCUUUGAUGACGCCAUUUGCUGUGCCGAGCUUGCGCGUGAACUACUGCAGAGGCAUGCUGUUCGCAGCUGCGAACACAAGCGAUGACGAGAGACCGAUCAGAGCUCCCGCAGUGGCAAAGAGGCCGCCUAUGUUAUCCAGGGUGAAGCUCGUCACUAUCGGGCCCAGACCGUAG